CAGCAGCCAGUGUGUGUCAUCUGCAGAGAUUCAGAGAAACACACCGGCCACACAAUCAGACCCAUCGAUGAAGCUGCACAACAACACAAGAAGCAGCUUCAGGAAACUCUGGAGCCCUUGUAAGGAGAAGUUACAGAGUUUUGAACGUGUUAAAGUAGAGUUUGAACAAACAGCAGAACACAUUAAGGUCCAGGCCGGACUCACAGAGACGCAGAUCAAGGAGGAGUUUAAAAAGCUUCAUCAGUUUCUGGAGGAGGAAGAGGAGGCCAGGAUGCUGCACUGAGGGAGGAAGAGGAGCAGAAGAGUCGGAUGAUGAAGGAGAAGAUUGAGUCUCUGAGCAGAGACAUAACGUCUCUUUCAGACACAAUCAGAACCACAGAGGACGAGCUGAGAGCUGAAGAAGUCUCGUUCCUGCUCAACUACAAGGCUGCAGUGGACCGAGUCCAGCAGCGCCCCCUGCUGGAUGAUCCACAGCUGGCCUCAGGAGCUCUGAUAGACGAGGCCAAACAUCUGGGCAACCUGAGCUUCAACAUCUGGAACAAGAUGAAGGACGUGGUCUCCUACAGUCCUGUGGUUCUGGACCCAAACUCUGCUAAUCCAUGGCUCGUCCUGUCUGAAGAUCUGACCAGUUUGAGACUGGGAGAGGAACAGAAGCUUCCUGACAAUCCAGAGAGGUUUGAUCAUUUCGCCUCAGUCCUGGGAUCUGAGGGUUUUAACUCAGGGACUCACAGCUGGGACGUCCUGGUUGGAGACAGUACUAACUGGUUCCUGGGUGUGUCAGAAGAGUCUGUCCAGAGGAAGGGAGACGAUCAUUCUGGAUACUGGAGAAUACAGUUCUAUGAAGGUGAAUACUCAGCAUGGUCACCAUCAGCAUCAUCUGUUCUCUCUGUGAAGAAGAUCCAGAGGAUCAGAGUGAAACUGGACUGGAACAGAGGAGAACUGUCGUUCUGUGAUCUUGAUACCAACAAACACAUUCACACCUUAACACACACUUUCACUGAGAAGAUGUUUCCAUACUUUAACACUAUAGACCAUCAUCACCCAUUGGAGCUGUUACCUGUGAAAGUCUCUGUGACUCUGGAUCAGAGCAGUUAGAGAUGAAGAUUUUAUUCAUCAUGUUUAUUUACUUCUCACUCAUUUUUAUUUCUCCUGUCGACUUUUCCACAUGUGAAAAAAAUGUCAUUAUUUUCUGAUCUUUAUCUUUGGUUUGUUUUUUACUUUCAUGGAAAAUGUUUUCUAUCAUUUAGAUUUUGUGUGGAUCCAUGAAGUCGAGCAAACUGAUGAAGAUCCACAUAAAAACACAUUUAUCAAUAACAGCUGAUCAUUGUUCACAUUCAACAAACUUUAUUAAAACUCACUCAUGAGACAUGAUUCAUGUUUAAUCACAUAAAGUCUGUUCACAUAUGAAAUAAUCCAACAUAUAUGAACAUUUGUCUGUUUGAUGUGAUGAAGCCAAAAUGAUUCUGUCUGUAAAAGUGUUUAUUCAACAGCAGCCGAGUGAUAUGAUUUUAAUAUUGGGAUCAAAAUAAUAAAAACUAUGAAACAGAAA